AUGUUGCGCGUGAGCUGCAGCGUUUUGGUUCGAUGGCACUGCGUUGUCGUUAGCUUCCGUUUUGCCAAAUCCAAGCCCCGUCUGCUUUCAGAGGGCAUCUUCAUGCCAUUUGGCCCGUUUUCUUCCAGUGUCGGUGUUGGCCGAGCAGAACCGGAAUGGGCUGCACUCAACAAAGUGCAAGACAUCGUUGGCAAGGAUCCAAUUUUCGAGUCCGGUGACGUCUCGGAGGCUCCUUUGAAGCUGGAAGACGCAAUUUUGAGUGGAGAUGUCAGCACAGCGCCGGAGUCGACCGACCUGCUCAUCGUGGGAGCUGGGCUCUCUGGUGCUGUGUUGGCCGAGCGUUGCAGCAAGGAGCUGGGCAUGACUUCGUUGAUCAUCGAUAAGAGGGAUCACAUCGGCGGCAACUGCUACGACUAUGUCGAUUCGAACGGCAUCCGCUGUUCCAAGUACGGUGCACACCUAUUCCACACCCAGUUCGAGCGGGUUUGGGAAUACGUGUGCAACUUUUCUGAGUGGAUCCCCUUCGAUCACCGUGUGAAAGGCUUGGUGGAAGACAAGGCCGGCGUAAAGCGAUUGGUCCCUAUUCCACCCACACAGGAGACUGUCAGUACCCUCUUCGAGGAGAGCGUGUGCAGCGAGGCUGACAUGCAGGCCUGGUACGACAAGGAGCGGCUGCUUCCUCCGGGUGGAGAACCCAAAAACGGGGAAGAAGCAGCGCUCAGCCGUGUUGGGCCAAGGCUCUUCGAGAAAGUCUUUAAGCACUACACCAAGAAGCAGUGGGACAAAUACCCUGCUGAGCUGGACGCAAGCGUGCUGCUGCGACUGCCGUGCAGAACUUCAACCGACGAUCGGUACUUCCCCGACCCAUGGCAGGCGUUGCCACGGAGGGGCUACACGCGGAUCUUCGAGAAUAUGUUGCUCAGGGAUCCGAACAUCAGCAUCCGUCUGAACUGCGACUUCUUUCAGCUGAAGGAGGCCGGCAGAUUGCCGAAGCACAAGCUGCUCGUGUACACAGGUCAGAUUGAUAGUUACUACGCAGCGCUGGGAAUGCCAAAACUGGAAUAUCGAUCCCUGCGCUUCGAGGAGGAGUUCGUCCCUGAGCCGGACGGCGGCUUUUUCCAAGAGGCAAUGGUGGUCAACCACCCCUCGCCGGACGUGCCCUUCACUCGAAUUGUAGAGUACAAACACGUCCCGAACCAGCCGCAGGAGGUGAAAGACGGCAGGGUCAAAGGGACUCUCAUCGCCAGAGAAUACUCCUCAGCAGAAGGGGAGCCGUACUACCCGGUGCCAAACCCUGCCAACAGGGCGCUCUAUGAGAAAUAUGCAGACCUCGCGGCGCGCGAGGAGGGGGUGGCAUUUGUGGGACGGCUCGCGUCGUACAAGUACUUCAACAUGGACCAGGCCAUUCUGAAUGCGCUGGAAAUGUUUGACAAUCUGAAGGAGACUGGCAAGUUGGAGCCCAAGCGGAAACCUGAAGAUUUCGGUCCUGGUGACGGCCCGAAGUAG